AACAAACGGUUAAGACAUGUAUUCAUAAUAUAUCGGGGAAAUUUUACGUUACCAAAUUAUUUUCUACACCCAAAAAAAAACAAGGAAAAUACCAACAACAAACCAGCACAUAAAUAAAAACGGAUUUUUAAAGUUUCGUAAUUUUUGUUUUGUUUUUCAUUUAUUUUUUUCCCGUACGCGUACUACACAGUGUCGUUCGUAUGUGUAACCCGUUAAUAGCACAACCGAAUAAUACACAUCUCCCGUAUAUCGACGGUAUUGGAUAGAACCUGCGUGAAUUUAACAUUAUACGGUUUUGUGGAAAACUCCCGACCACACACAUAUCUCCAUAUAUAAAUAAUAUGAUGAUGAUGAUGAUGUUGUUGAGGUGUGUGGCAGAAUAGAAAAUUGUUUUUUUGUGUAGUACUCGGUGGACCAUUUUUCUGGUUGUUUGUUCGAUGCUUCGUGAAUAUUAAACACACGGAUACAAUCUCCUGAGAAUUUCACAAUUUAUUUUUAUUUAUUGAUUGUGUGUGGAACAUUAGUGAAUUUAUAAAUUUUGAAUAUUUACUUGGAGAUUGGUCUUACACAUUUAUAAAUAUAUCUCGGAUAUGAAAGAAGGAAAAUAUUUUGAUUUGUGAUUUGAAUUUUUUGUUGCAAUUAAAUAUGAUUGGAUGCUGUAAGGAGCAAUACUAAUGACGUGCAAUUUUAUGUAUUUUGUUUUGAACUUAAAGGGAAUUGAAAAUAAUUUUUAUUGGAACAUCAUUUUGGAUUACUCAACACAAUGAAACAAAUAUGUAUUUUCGGUCACGAAUUACAUAUCAACAUAUCGCCGCACAACUGAAUUACCAAACACGCUCAUCAAGUUCAACGCAAGUGAAAUAUUAAUUUAAAGCAAAAAAAAAAAGAAAAAAUCUCAGAAAAAUGUGUCAGUGAAAGUAAGAAGAUGCAAGUAAUAGUGGUGAAGAAAACAAAAAAGGAAUACAUAUCACGUGGUAUAUUAACGAAAUAUCAAAUCAGUAUUAUGCACCUUCAACUAGUUUGUGUUAUUUAAUGGACGUUAAUUUGCUUCUUGUGAUCACCAUAAUUCUUUAACGAAAAAGUGGAAAAACAAAAUUUUUGCAUUACAAACAACACCAGCCAUGGGAGCGGCUGUGACUCCCUGGCCUGGUUCAAUGAUGGACCGCGUUGGACUCGAUGACAUGACCCACAAAGCUCGAGUUCAAUACCAGAUGUCGGCUGAAUUCCAACCAGAUACAAGUCAUAGCGGUGUCAAUCAAUUAGGUGGUGUAUUCGUUGGUGGUCGUCCGUUGCCUGAUUCAACUAGACAGAAAAUUGUAGAGCUCGCUCAUUCCGGUGCACGUCCUUGUGACAUAUCUCGCAUACUACAAGUAUCGAACGGGUGCGUCAGUAAGAUACUAGGAAGAUAUUACGAAACUGGAAGCAUACGACCGAGAGCGAUUGGGGGUUCAAAGCCGCGUGUCGCCACUGCUGAGGUGGUUAGUAAAAUAUCACAUUACAAGCGAGAAUGUCCGAGUAUUUUUGCAUGGGAGAUUCGAGAUAGAUUACUUCAAGAUGGUGUUUGCUCAAAUGAUAACAUUCCAAGCGUGUCUUCUAUUAAUCGAGUCCUACGAAAUCUAGCAGCUCAAAAAGAACAACAAAAUAGCUCACCACCAGGCGUAAAUUCGGGUAUAAACAGUGGCAGCAACACCAAUAAUUCUGGCAUUGUGGUAGAUUCCGUGUACGAAAAGUUACGGUUACUUAACGGUCAUCAUCAGAAUGGUCCACCACCGAGCUGUUGGCCCCGAGCGCCAUCUUGGUAUCCCAGCUCGUUAAACAGCUCAACGCCAUUUCCUUUACAGCCACUCAGUCCAGAUGGACCAACAUGCACAAUCUUAGCGGAUGACAUUCAAUCCAAAAAGGAACUAGACGCUCAAAACUCCGAUGAAACUGGGUCUGGUGAAGGAGAAAAUUCGAAUGCUGGCUCAACGAUUGGUACAGACGAUGAUCAGGCAAGAUUGCGUUUAAAAAGAAAGCUUCAACGAAAUCGUACAUCUUUUACGAACGACCAAAUAGAUAGUCUAGAAAAGGAAUUUGAACGAACGCAUUAUCCUGACGUUUUUGCUCGGGAACGGCUAGCAUCCAAAAUUGGAUUACCUGAAGCGAGGAUACAGGUUUGGUUUUCGAAUCGCCGAGCGAAAUGGCGACGAGAGGAGAAGCUUCGUAAUCAACGACGAACGCCAAAUUCAUCCAAUCCAAUCGGAACGGGCGGCAACACAAAUACGAACACAAGUCAUGGAUCAUCAACUCCAUCACAUUUGGGUACACCAAGUGAUGGAACGAAUGAUUUGCAAUCGGGUAUCCAUAGUAGCACACAGAUUCCGUCUCUAUCACCUCCUAGGCUAAAUCUGAAUUCAAAUUUUGGCAGCACAAUGAGUUCUAUGUACUCAACGAUACAUCCAUCAAUGUCAAUGACUGAUUCUUAUAGUUUUUUCAACAGUCCAAUGACAUCGAUGUCAUCCUUUUCUCAUCCGUCGAUUGGAUCAAUGCCUUCCUCACCGAACAUUGGCAUUGUACCGGGUAGCGGUAAUGGCGGCAGUGGAAAUUGUUUGCAGCAACGUGAUUUAACUCCACCGUCACCAUACCAAUGUCACAUGACACGUGGACCGAUCGGACCUGUUGGCGGUGUUGUGCCGCCACAUCCAUCACAUUCCCAUUCCACAUACGAUUCAUUAGGCUUAGGUUAUGGAACACGUCAUUCGCCAUGCAGUCCAUCACAGACGGGAUAUCAAAUGAACGGUUCUGCGUAUGGUCCAUCGAAUGGAAACACAACAGGACUCAUAUCACCUGGAGUUUCUGUGCCAGUCGCCGUUCCUGGUCAACCUCCAGAUAUGUCAACGCAAUAUUGGGCAAGGCUUCAGUGACCAUGGUGUUAAUAUCAAUUUUGAUUUAUGAUUUUUGUUAAGAUUCUAAUUUUAGUCAGAAGAAAUCUUUUGUUUUCUUUCGAAAAUAAUUCCAUUCCACCGAUCGUACUAUUAUUUGUAGCGAAAACGUUAA